AUGGCUUCGCCCAAGACGCAGCCGGACGUCUCGAAGCAGCGUAACGAAAAGGUCAAGCUAGCUGUUCGUGCAGAGAUGACGAAAUACAUCGUGCGGAUUCGAGACAACGUCGAUAACCUUGCCGCGGCUGGCACACUCCCCUGGUCAGGAGUAUACCCGCGCUGGUUCGAGCAAUUUGGGAUCACGCGGAAUAAGUGGUAUGUGCAAAAACUAUACAACAAGGGCCGCGAUGCAUACGUCACUGAGCACGAUGGGUACCCCGAAGACAUUAAUGAGUACUACCGGCUGAAGAACGCUGGAUCUAUAAAACCUUAUGGAUCGACCUCGCCCCUUCCAACUGCAUCAAACGGUAAACAAGAUGAGAGGAUGGAAGGGCUAUUGGAUGAUGGACCCAUGGAGGAUGAGAUCGAGACCGCAAAGGUGUAUCUUCGGAUACGCGUAAUUGGCACCAACCGAGGGGAGAAAGCAUCAGUCUACAUUCCCAUUACCGACAUCCUUCCGUACUCUGUGACGAUCUCCAAGUGGCUGCUGCGACCCAGGCUCAGCUGCAUGUCGUUAAAGCUUACCGAAGUUUCUAGGACCGCUAUUUGUAGGUACCUACUCUGCAUCUCACCGACUCCUCUUCGUUCCCUCCCGAUCAGCGAUGUGGGGCUGGAGGAUGGGAAUGACCAAGUCGUCAUCACCCUGCUUCAGUGGUCCUUCAACGACCUGGUUGACGUCCUCGAUGUUGCCUUCAAGCUUGGACUACACCACAUCUGGGACAUAGUACUUGAUCAGUGGCGUGCUCAAGUAUACCGCAGCGGGUUGCACAUUGUGGCAGUCCAUCCCAAAGGCAACCACGGAGAAGCAAUUCCUGCCCUCGACACCCUCAACAGCCCGCCAUCAGAACCGGGCGUUCUCGUCAUCUCACCUGACAGCAUGAUGGGCCACCCGACCCACGCCGCAACCGACUUCAUGGACGAGGAUGACUUCUGUCACGAAUAUCACGUGCAUGAUCCGAAUGAAGAGUGGUAUCGCACUGCCAUCCCUGACCCGGAGCUCAACGAGGAGUAUGUUGUGGUGUUGAAGCAGAUGCUUCUACGCGAUAGGCGUAGCAGGCACACCCCAGUUCUCCGCCGCCGGGAUAUUCGGAAUAGCGAUACCUCAAGUGAGGUUCCGUUCACGGUGUCCGCAAGGUUGGAUUCGGAUAAUAGGGAGACCGAAGAUGAUGUGACAAUGGAAGACUUAGCGGGAGAAGUGGCGGAGCUGCUUGAGGAGUAA